UGCGACAUCUCCACAGUGCAGUGCUGCUGCCCUCCCUCCCUUCCUCUCACUCCCUCGCUCGUCCUACACGAACCACACACAACAGUGAGGCUGACUCUAAACUCCACACAAGCCACGCUGCCUGCUUCCCAGACAGACCCAAGAAUCACACUCUGCUCUCCUCUGCUGCGCCGCUUGUGCUGCUCUCCAUUGGAUAUUCCUCCCUGGGUGUUUUUUAUUUAUUUUUUCAUUCUUGUGAAUGGGCAACCAUGGCCGGUGUGAGGAGCUUGUGAAUGGACUGACUGGCUGCCUGGCUGAAUGAUUGACAGGCUCGCAGAAGAGAGAGGGGCAGCUGCGUUUCAAUCACAGAGGGCAAUGCUGAGAGGUCAAGCGAGGAGCCCUUGGUAGUCUGGAAAUAAAGAGACACGCGAGGGAAAUCGAGAAAGUGAAGAAAACCAAAAGAAACAAAGAGAGGAGAAUGGUUCAUCACAGAGAAGACGACCUGAUUGGGAUCCCCUUCCCGAAUCACAGCAGCGACGUCCUCUGCAGCCUCAAUGAGCAGCGUCGCGACGGACUGCUCUGCGAUGUAAUCCUCAUUGUAAGUGACCAGGAGUACCGCACCCACCGCUCCGUUCUGGCCGCCUGCAGCCAGUACUUCAAAAAGCUAUUCACUGUGGCCACCACUGACGGCGGAGAUGCCCACCACACAGCUGCCAUGUAUGAAAUUGACUUUGUUGCCCCGGAGUGUCUCACAGCCAUCCUGGAGUUCGCCUACACUUCAACUCUCACCGUGACGGCGUCCAACGUCAAAGAGAUCCUGAACGCAGCUCAGAUGCUGGAGAUCCCGUGCAUCAUCAACGUCUGCCUGGAGAUCAUGGACAGCGGGGGUGGGGGCUGUGGAGGCGGGGGACGGAGAGAGGGGGGGGCGGAGGAGGAGGAGGAAGAGGAGGAUGCGGAGGAAGAUGAGGAGGAGGAAGAGGAGGAGGAGGAUGAAGAGGAGGAUGCGCGCUCGAGGAAGGAUGAGCAAGAUGAAGAGGAGGACAACACCAGCGAGCGGUCGCUGGAGAGCAGGGGGGAGCAGACGCCCCCGGGGGCUGAGGAUUUGCAGCCUCCGGGCAACUCCACAUUCCACCGGCAGUUUGACCUGCACAGAGAGUCGCCACGGUCACAGUCCUCAGACAACAUGAGAGCCAAACAGGAGAGUAUGGAGAGUCGGGCUCUGAAGGACUUUUCCAUAGAGUCUCUCCUCCAGGAAGGGCUGUAUCCCCGUAUGUCAACACUGGAUCGGAGGGCCAGCUUCUCUCCGCUCCUCCCAGGCUUCUACCCCUCCAUGUGGGCCGCGGAGUUCCCGGCCUUCCCACAGCAGCUCCUGGACCCUGGCCACCAUCAGCAUCACCACGCAGGCGCUUCGCUGCAAACCAGGCUCCCCCACGCGUUCUCCACCUCUGCCCCACCCGAGGCCUCCAGGCCGCUCGACCUAGCUGUGAAAAGAGAGAUCAUAAAGGAGGAGAUGAAAGAGGAAGUCCCACCCAGUCUGCUCCACGGCGACUUCCUGAAGGAGUUUGUCAGCUCGGGCUUAGGCGGCACCGUGAACGCUGGGUCGGUGGCGUCAGAGGGUCACGCUCUGGGUCAGAUCAAGGAUGAAGCUGACUUCCGCUCGUACUUGAGCUUCCUGAGCUCUGCGUCCCACCUGGGGGCGCUCUUCCCUCCCUGGCAGCUCGAGGAGGAGAGGAAGAUGAAGCCCAAAGCGUCACAGCAGUGUCCAAUCUGCAACAAAGUCAUCCAAGGGGCUGGGAAACUGCCGCGGCACAUGAGGACGCACACCGGAGAGAAACCAUACAUGUGCACCAUCUGCGAAGUACGAUUCACCAGACAAGACAAGCUUAAGAUCCACAUGAGGAAGCACACGGGUGAGCGCCCCUACAUCUGCCUCCACUGCAACUCCAAGUUUGUCCACAACUACGACCUGAAGAACCACCUGCGAAUCCACACGGGCGUCCGUCCGUACCAGUGCGAGCACUGCUACAAAAGUUUCACACGCUCUGACCACCUGCACCGACACAUCAAGAGGCAGAGCUGCCGAAUCUCCCGCCCCCGGCGAGGACGAAAGCCAGCUGCCUGGCGGUCCACACCCAACACCAGCUUCCUGUGCCCCCCCAGCGCUGCCAGCAACCGCUUUGAGCAGAAUGGGCUGAGCUCUGCGUACCAGGCGGUCAAGAGUCACGGACUUGGGGAGAUGCUUGGCCUCGGCAGCAGGGGUCUGGGAUUUAAGAGCGUGGAUGGUGCGGGCAUGGAGAGCAGGGAGGAACGGCGAGCAGAGGGGAAGCACACUGCAGAGGAGGAGAGGGCGAGAGAAGGGAGGCAGAGGGGAGUGUUUGCCUUCGCUCUGGCUGGAGAAGAAGUGCUUACCCGCUCUCCAUUUUAUGCUGCGACCUCUGACCCCUGGACCAUGAGGCUGGAGCGUGCUCCACCCAUCUCUGAGUCAGCCAAAUGAACUGUGGUCUGUAGAAGACGACAAAAGACAAGAAACAAAAUCUCUAUAAUCUCUGUGUCUUUCUGCUCCGGGAAGCUAAAGCACCUUUUUUUUUUUUUUUUAAACUGAAAGAGUGAGAUCAGUGAACUUGAUUAUAAUCAUUCUCUUUUUCUAAAACACAAUCAGAUUCAUAGAUUUCAACCCUUAAUAAUAGUUUCAGCCCUGUGAAUGUUUGCAAAUACUUUGAAAGCAUUUAAGGAGAGGCAGAAAGUUUGACAAUGCUGAUGUGGAAAACAUAUCAGGAUACAGUUAUGUGUUAUUUGAAUCAUUUAUUGACACAUUUUCUGAAACUGAAUAAGUUUAAAAAAACUACCAUAUUUCUACAAUGUCCUCUGAGGCAAGAUGUGGUGGGGCAUUGUAUAAAAUUAAAAUGUAGUGUAGAAAAAUUGUUAUAAGAACAGAAACAUUUCCCUUUCAUAAUGAAUAAGGGAAGAGGAGUAGACAUAAAUAAAUGAAAUAAAAUUUUAAUAAAUAAAAAAGCCUUUAUCCCAACAUUUCACAAUGAGGUUUAUUUUGAAUAGCUGUGUUUAGGUGUUCAACAGGGAUCAGUAUUUGCCAAAAAAACACCAUUAACAAUGAUUAUUAAAUUGCAGCGGGGCAAAGUCUGACCCCUAUGCCGUGCAUGUACGUUUUAUUAUUUUUUAAAUUAUAAUCCAAAACCAAGGCAACCCACUUGAAGUCUAAUAAAUCAUGAUAUUUGAUAACGUGUUCUUAUCCUUCCACUGCCUUGUUCUGUUUUAAGCUCCUCGUCUGCACUAUUGUACAUAGACACAACCUUUUGGCCAUUGUGGUGUUAAAUACGGUUGCAUUGCUGAUACUGCUUUUUUUUUCUUUUUUAAAGAUGAAAGACUCUGAGGCAUCCAUCCAAACAUGUGUACUUUGAUAUUUCCCAGACUUGAAUAUGACUUUGUUUUAACGUUUUGAUGUAUAUUUCUGACUAAUCCAACUGCCGCUUCAGCUCUUCAGUAUGCUUGUGGGGUUAUUUUGUUUCUGCUGAAAAAGUUUUCAUAUAAUGUUAAUCUCUGAUUUGUGUAUAAAGAAGUUCCAAAAGGAUUUGAAUUGAAAUGGGAAAAAGUAUUUUCUUGCUAUUUAUGCAUAUUUAAAUGAAUGAGCCUUGGCUAUAUUUUGCAAAUCGUUUUAUAAAUACACUAAGUGUUGAACUUU